CUGCGUAUUUGAUAAUUUCACAACGGGGUCUCAGUCUGUGGAUCAGGGACUUUUUGUGGAAUAAGGAGUGGUGUCUCUAGUUCUGGGCUCUCCACCAUCUGUACUGCAUCUUGGAGACAAGCCAUUCUCGCCUCUCCCUCCUUGCCAUGCGCUCCAACGCCAAGGACAUGGCUGCCGUGGCCGAGGGACGUGCUGACUUGGAGGGCCGGCUCAGCCACAAACCGCCCCGCUCCGGUCUGCGCGAAGAGCGGACGCGCGAGCGCUGGUUCAAACUGCGCCACAACCUGCUGUUCUACUACCGUCUAAACGAGUACGGCGGCGUGUCGGCCGACGGCCCGGCCGGCCUGUUUGUGCUGGAGAAUGUGCACGUGCAGCCAGAGCCGUUUGCAGAGGGCAUGUCGUUCUGCUUCAGCCUGACGUUCGACAGCGACCGCGAGCGACGCCACCUGAUGGCCUGCGUGAGCGCCGCCGCCGCCGACCAGUGGGUGGCCGCGCUGCGAGCCGCCUCAUACGAGAGCAGACGCAAACAGCUCAAGGAGCUGCGCAGCAAGCUGCUCAACCUGACCGGGCGCGACCCGCUGCGGCCGUUCCCGGGCGCGCGCGCGCUCAAGAAUGUGACCAGUGUGGAGGAGGAUCGUAGCGGGGGCCGGCCGCGCAGCUCCUGGGCCAGCGGGAAGGUCAGCGCGCGAGACGCCACGUUCCGCAGUCAUCUGAUACCGAACGGCGGCGCGCAGACCAGCAGCCUACUGGACUGAGUCUGUCGGCCGGCCGGUGGGCAUGCCGCGAGGAGUGCGCUGGGCUGCGGACGAUUGGGUGCGCGUGCUCAGUGGAUGUGACAGCUGACUGUGGAGUGAGGCCGAACGCUGGCUGCUUAGAUCCGUGCGGGGCUACAAAUGACGGCGCAUCUCCGUGAUCAGUGGCAUGGCAGCUACGCUGUGAUCCUACAAAUGUUGUUCAGCGCUCUUGCCACUCCGUAAUAUUCAUAAUGUGAGGCUUCUAUUUAGCAGAUCUGCGUUAUGGACGAUCUGCAAAGGCGUUAUUUAUUUGCUGCAUCUUCAAUGUUUUCGAGGCAAUCAAACUGGUACUCUUAAUGGACUGGGUGUGAGACGUGAGUGAUCUGCGCCUGGAUCUGUUGUCUUAUGUUAUUAUAUCUCACUUGUUAAUGUUAUGCAAUCAAUAGUGUAAUUUACGAUCAUCACGGCACGACAAACUACUGGUUUACAUGAUGGUUGCACUAGUGUGUUAAAGGAAGCCGAGUGCAAAAGUGCUUGUAGCUGAUAAUGCUUGUCGCGAAAAAUAUUGAUGCUGCGUUUUAGGAUUGACGUUUGCAAUAGCCAUAAGCCGCAAGCGAACAUUUACGUUAGGGCGUUUCCUUGUGUUACGUUCUUUUGUUCGGACAUCUUGAAAUGGACCUUGAAGCCAUAAGCUGCAUGUCCUGGCUCGCUCAUUUUAACCGUAUGCAUGCUGAAAGUGAGUGUUGUGCCUGGUCGAGUUCAACAUAAUUUAUCCAUCAAUGUGCCAUUCUGGUACAAAGGCGCCGGCAGGGUGACAACUACGCUACCUGCAUACAUGCGCCCAAGUAAGGGGCGAACGGGGGCGUUCUCAAUAUGACGUCUCGGCUGUUGAACUAUUAUAUUUGCCAUCCGUUCGAUUCUGGUGCGUGUAACAGUUGUCCGGCGGAGAAGGGCUACGUUUAGAUGAGAUUUGAAUUGCAAUUAUUUAUUUGGUUGAUUAUAGCCGGAAGCCCCAUAAUACUGUCUCGUGUUGUCAAGAGGAAAGUAUCUGUAUCUACCCGUUGUCUGUAAAGAUGCAUUUAGAAAUGUUACGGGGAAUAUAUAUUUAUGGUUCAAUU